AGAAGCACAGUAUCAACAAAAGUGCUUGGUAAUAAUAAUAAUAGAGUAAUUGUAGCAUUAGCCUCAGGCAGUCAGGCUCAUGUUCUCUCCUCUGUUCUUGUGAAAAGCGCAAUCGGCCAAUCGCCCCUACUUGAAGCCAAAAAAAGCAGAGACCAGAGGGUGUGGAAAAGGAAAUCGAUCAUAGACAGAGAAGGAGAGAGACAUGGGUUUCGCAGCAGCAGCCAAGCGAAACGCCCAAACCAGCAGCAACAGCAACAAAGAAAGCAGGGGCUUGGGUUUACUACUCGUGUUCUUCCCUGAAGACCAAAACAAAAUCAACAAUUCCAUUGAUAACAAAAAUACUACAUCAAGAUUCAUUCGAAGAACAAGUUCCAGUCUCCUUUUCACCAAAGCUCAAUCUACCAUUUCAAUCUGUGCUCUUUUAGUUUUCCUUACUCUUCUCCUCUUCACUCUCUCUACUUUUGAGCCCUCCAUCCCUACUCCAACUACUCCUUCCUCCACCAUCAAAAACUCUCGUCGAUUCUUAGCCCAAAAAACCCAAGUUUCUUCUUCUUCCUCUUCCCAUUGGUUCUUUCCAAUGUGGGAUUAUAAACCCUUACGUGUGAAGCAAAAGCCCAACACUUUUUCCUCUCCAUUCGCUUUACAAGGGAUGGGAACUUUGUGUAGACGUGGGGCAAAAGCCAUGAACGAUCUUAUAGUUAGCCAUGUUGUUGAAGAUGUGAGUGAAGAUGAACUCAGGCUUUUCUUACGAGUCUUGCAUAGGUCAGGCGUCACUUCAAAAGCUGACACUGUUUUUCUUUUUGGUUCUUCUUCUUCAUCUUCAAGAUUCAGCUUUGUUAUUCAGGAAGAGAACGAGUCGUUCUUGAAACUCAUUCAACACUACAAAGAGUCGAAUAAUAAGGGUUUCCGUGACUCUGUCUUCAGUUUUGACUCGACCCAGUUUUGGAAAUCUGGGAAGAACGAUGUGGGGGAGCCUAUUUGGGGAAAGAAGGGCCGAGGGAAUUAUAUUAAUUCAACUGAAGCUGGAGAUGAGUCAACUCGGUUGACUUAUGGCUCCAUUGUGGGAUUUGAUGUGAAUGAGUUGGAUCCAGAGAACUCGCUGGCUGGGUUUUUAGAUUACGUUCCAAUGAGUUUGAGAAGAUGGGCUUGUUAUCCAAUGUUAUUAGGAAGAGUCAGGCGAAAUUUUAAGCAUAUAAUGUUACUGGAUGUUAAAAAUUCGAUGUUACUGAGUGACCCGCUCGGGCGUGUCAGGAAUCGGAGUCCCGAGUCGGUUUAUUUAUUGACCAAGGAAAGCAGCUCCGGCAAGCAUAGCAAGAAGAACUCGGAGAAAACUCAGUCUCAUUGUCAGGUUAACUCGGCGAUUUUGAUGGGUGGAGCUAGAGGAAUUCGGAGAUUAGCCAAUGCAAUGUUGACUGAGAUUGUUAGAGCUACAAUGCAGCAUAGGAAGAAGAAAUCGAUCUCCGAAUCAGCAAUCUUGAGUCAACUCGUCGGCAAUGGUUACAUAUUGAAGAAUGUUAAUUUGAUCAAAUCGACCGAGUCAAUUCAGGAAGCGAGCUCACUCAAGGGUUGGAACACCAACUCAUCUGCAGAUUAUUCAAUAAUCCAACAUGGCAAUAGUAAUCACGAUCUUAAUUCCAUAAUUAUGAAGCUAAUAUGUUCAAAUGAAGCAGAUUCUUCUGUUUAUAGGGAUUGUUAGCAAAACAAAGAAACAAAAAAUAUAUAUUAACUACACUUUUUAGAAAAUAAAAAAUUUGUAUAAAUAUUUUUUUUUGUUUUUUCCACGUGAUGUCUACAAUAUUUUUAGAUUAUAAAAGUAAGUUAAUGUGAAGUAGAUUCUUGUCUAAAGAACAAAUAAAGAAGAUUUCUAUUUUUUAGAAAAUAAAA